GAUUUCAGCAGCCUUGCUCCAUUUCACUAUGAUCUGAAGGAGGCUGAACGAUUUUCUUCCCCUCUCGUCUCUCUCUCUUGUCCCGCAGACACCAUGGACAGAAGCCGGGGGUUGCCCAAGAUCGUCAGGACUGGGAUCCUCCUGUUAGCUGCCUGUGGCAUUGGGACAAGUGUCUGUCCGCCUCUCUGCAGCUGUGUAGGAACGAGUGUGGACUGUCACGGGCUGGGACUCAGGACCAUCCCCAAGAACAUCCCCAGGAACGCAGAGAGGCUGGAGCUCAAUGGGAAUAAUAUCUCACGGAUCAGCAAAAGUGACUUCGCGGGACUCAGGCACAUCAGGGUUCUGCAACUUAUGGAGAAUCACAUCAGUUCCAUCGAGCGUGGCGCUUUUGAGGACAUGAAGGAGUUGGAAAGAUUACGCCUGAAUCGUAACCAGCUGCAGAUCUUGCCAGAACUGCUCUUUCAGAAGAAUCCGACUCUGCACAGACUGGAUCUGAGUGAGAAUUUCAUCCAGGCUAUUCCCAGGAAGGCAUUCCGUGGAGCAACAGACAUCAAGAACUUGCAGCUGGACAAGAAUCAAAUUACCUGCAUCGAGGAAGGGGCGUUCCGAGCACUGAGGAACCUGGAGGUUCUGACUCUGAAUAAUAACAACAUCACCAGUAUCCCGGUCUCCAGCUUCAACCACAUGCCGACGCUUCGCACCUUUCGCCUGCACUCCAACCACCUGCUCUGCGACUGCCGCCUGUCCUGGCUCUCCCAGUGGCUGCGUCAGCGUCCGCAGAUCGGCCUCUUCACGCAGUGCGCCGCCCCUGCGCACCUCCGCGGCCUCAACGUGGCCGAAGUACAGAAGCAUGAGUUCACCUGCCUGGGUCAGUCGGACAGCUCUCGGUCCCAGUCGUGUGGCCUGGCCUCGGGAUCUUGCCCCGCCAUGUGUACCUGCAGCAACAGUAUCGUCGACUGCCGCGGGAAGGGUCUGACCGCCAUCCCAGCCAACCUGCCUGAGACCGUAACCGAAAUACGACUCGAGCAGAAUGGAAUCAAGUCGGUUCCACCGGGGACUUUUACCACUUACAAGAAGCUGCGGCGGAUAGACCUCAGCAACAACCAGAUUGCUGAGGUUGCUCCCGAUGCCUUCCAAGGACUGCGAUCUCUCAACUCUCUGGUCCUGUACGGAAACAAAAUCAAUGAGCUUCCGAAAGGCGUGUUUGACGGACUCUACGCUCUUCAACUCCUGCUGUUGAAUGCAAAUAAGAUCAACUGCAUUCGAGCGGACACCUUCCAGGAUCUCCAGAACCUCAGCCUCCUCUCACUGUACGACAACAAGAUCCAGACACUGGCCAAGGGAACCUUCAACUCACUCCGUGCCAUCCAGACGCUGCACUUGGCCCAGAAUCCAUUCAUCUGUGACUGCCACCUCAAAUGGCUGGCCGACUACCUCCGCUCCAAUCCCAUCGAGACCAGCGGAGCACGCUGUGCGAGCCCACGCCGCUUGGCAAACAAGAGGAUUGGGCAGAUCAAAAGCAAGAAGUUCCGGUGCUCAGCAAAGGAACAGUAUUUCAUUCCAGGUACGGAGGACCAACGGCUGGGGAGUGAGUGUAACAGGCACAUGGUCUGUCCACCAAAGUGCCGUUGUGAGUCUAACGUGGUGGACUGUUCCAACCAGAAGCUGACCAAGGUUCCGGAGUUCAUCCCACAGUCAACCAUGGAGCUACGUCUGAUCAACAACGACAUUUCGCUUUUGGAAUCUACUGGUCUCUUUCAGAAGCUUCCGCAGUUGAGAAAAAUAAACCUGAGCAACAACAAGAUUGCAGAGAUUGAAGACGGGACAUUUGAAGGAGCUUCGUCCGUCUCCGAGCUGCAUCUCACGGCCAAUCAGCUCGAUUCCAUCAGAAGUGGGAUGUUUAGAGGCCUAGAUGGAUUAAGAACACUGAUGCUGAGGAAUAACCGCAUCACCUGCAUUCACAACGACAGCUUCACCGGACUAAAUGCUGUUCGCCUCCUCUCACUGUAUGACAACCAGAUCGCCACCAUCACACCAGCAGCCUUUGACACCCUGCACUCACUGUCUACUCUCAACCUCCUCGCAAAUUCAUUCAACUGUAACUGCCAACUGGCCUGGCUGGGAGAGUGGCUGAGGAAGAGGAAGAUAGUGAGUGGAAACCCUCGCUGCCACAAGCCCGACUUCCUGAGGGAGAUCCCACUGCAGGAUGUGGCCUACCAGGACUUCCGCUGUGACGAAGGUUCGGAGGAGAGCAGCUGUGUCCCCCGUCCCCAGUGCCCCGCUGAGUGCACCUGCCUGGAGUCUGUUGUCCGCUGCAGCAACAAACACCUGAAGACCCUGCCCAACGGCAUUCCGAGGAACGUCACCGAGCUCUACUUGGAUGGUAACCAGUUCACUGCAGUUCCCAGCGUACUCUACACCUUUAAGCAUCUCCAACUUGUGGACAUGAGCAACAAUCGGAUCAGCUCCUUGACCAAUAUGUCUUUCAUCAACAUGAGCCAGCUGACCACACUGAUUCUCAGUUACAAUUCCUUACGCUGCAUCCCUGCCUCAGCGUUCCAAGGUCUCCGCUCUCUCCGGCUCCUGUCCCUGCACGGAAAUGAUAUCUCCACUCUUCCCAAAGGAAUCUUUGCGGAUGUGGCUUCUCUCUCUCACCUUGCCAUUGGAGCUAACCCACUGUACUGUGACUGUAACCUCCGUUGGCUGUCCGACUGGGUCAAGACUGGGUACAAAGAGCCUGGCAUUGCUCGCUGUGCUGGGCCAGGAGACAUGGAGGGCAAACUCCUCUUGACAACUCCAGCCAAGAAGUUUGAGUGCCAAGGUCCGACGGAGCUGAGUAUCCUGGCGAAGUGCAGCCCCUGCCUGUCCAACCCCUGCCUCAACCACGGAACCUGCCAGGAUGAUCCCCUGGAUUAUUAUAGGUGCAGCUGCCCGUAUGGUUAUCAGGGUAAACGAUGCGAAUCUCCAAUCAAUGGCUGUAUCAGUGGCCCCUGUGAGAACGGAGGGACAUGCCACGUGAAGGAGGGAGAUUCUGGUGCCUUCUGGUGUACCUGCCCAGAGGGCUUCCUGGGGAACACCUGCACCAUCAACGUCGAUGAUUGUGUGGAGAGUUCCUGCAAGAACAGUGCCACAUGCCUGGAUGGAGUUAAUAACUACACCUGCCUGUGUCCACCGUCUCACAGAGGAGUUCUGUGCGAGGAACCAGUGGACUAUUGUGCCCCCGAAUUAAACCCAUGCCAGGAGACCGCCAAGUGCAUAAUGACCACAGAAGGGCCAAGGUGUGAGUGCAUUUCUGGGUACGUGGGAGAGAAUUGCAGCGUUGCCAUUGACAACUGCCAGGACCACAAGUGUCAGGGGAACGGCGUGUGUGUGGAUACAGUCGAUGGUUACACAUGUUUGUGCUCGGAGGGUUACAGUGGUCGCUUCUGUGAGCUCCCCUCUCACAUCCCCGACCCUGUCCAGUGCCAACCGCAGGAUUGCCUCAACGGCGGGCAGUGUGUGAGUGACAGUGCCCUGUGCCAGUGUCUCCCUGGUUUCGGAGGGGCACGGUGCGACAAGCUGGUCAGCGUCAACUUUGUGGAUCGGGACUCGUACCUCCAGAUCACUGAGCUGAAGAACUGGCCCCAGGCAAACAUCUCUCUGCAGGUCUCCACUGCAGAAGAUAAUGGGAUCUUACUGUACAACGGAGACAACGAUCACAUUGCAGUUGAGCUUUACCAAGGCCGUGUGCGCGUCAGCUAUGAUCCGGGGAGUGACCCCAGCUCCGCCAUCUACAGCCUGGAGACCAUCAAUGACGGCCAGUUCCACACGGUGGAAAUCCUGACCUUGGACCAGAUGGUCAAUCUCUCCAUCGACGGGGGAGCUCCCAAGAGCAUGGAGAGUUCUGUCAAACAGUCCACACAGAACCGCGAGACGCCCCUGUACAUCGGAGGGAUGCCCGUCGACGUGAAUUCAGCCGCCUUCCGCCUCUGGCAGGUGCAGAACAGCUCGAGCUUCCAUGGCUGCAUCCAGAACCUGUACAUCAACAACGAGCUGCAGGACUUCACCAAGACCCAGAGGAAGGCAGGCGUUGUCCCUGGGUGUGAGCCCUGCAGGAAGAUCAUCUGCCUCCACGGCAUCUGUCAGCCCCGAGCGGACUCCAAGCCCAUCUGUCACUGCGAGCCUGGCUGGGUGGGACCUUGGUGUGACCAGCCAGGGGGAGAUCCCUGCCGGGGGCACAAGUGCGUGCACGGGAGAUGCGUGCCACUGGACGCGGUGACCUACCGCUGUGAGUGUGACGCGGGGCACAGGGGAGGGCUGUGUAACCAGCAGGACGAGCUGUUCAACCCCUGCAAGAAGCUCCCAUGUCAACGGGGCCGGUGUCAGAUCUCGGAGCUGGGCGAGGCGAGGUGUGAGUGCGAGAGCGGCUUCACGGGCGAUCUCUGUGACCAAGAGGCGGAGUGUCGAGGGGUGCCCAUCCGGGAUUAUUACCAGCUACAGAGGGGCUACACCAUCUGCCAGAGCACCCGGCAGGUAUCCUGGGUGGAGUGCCAAGGGUCGUGCCAGGGACGGGGCUGCUGCGUAUCGCUGAAGGUCAAGCGGCGAAAUUAUGCCUUUGAGUGCAGUGACGGCUCGUCCUUCACAGAGGAAGUGGAGAAAAGCGUCAGGUGUGGCUGCGCACAGUGCCCGUAGGUCUGUCCAGCACUGAGCGCCCGUUGUAUAUCGAAACAAACCCACCCACCCACAUGCAGCGACAGAGCAACUCAAAAGGACGGUGGCGUAUUUGUAUAAGACUUGUUUCAAACAGCAACAAUAAAAGGCAACAA